UUGAUACGCGAUUGUUGAUGCCACCGCACGGGCGGAAUAUUAGUUCUCGGGGGAAGUGAUUAAGACUGAGGAUAACUAAGUUGCGAAACGAAACGGAAAUUUGAAAGUUAAACCAGGAAGAGGGGAUGGAAAACGUCUUAUAAGAAUAACGCCCUAAGUAUAUAAUAAAACUAAGCACUGUCCGAUAAUCCAGAGUACUUAUAAGUUCAAAAAUUUGAAUUAAACUACGUUUAUAUAUAAAAGAAUUGUAGAAUUUGUGAAAAUGCCCGUCGAUUUAGACGAUUUAAUGAAACUUUUGAUGAUUCUGGCAUCAGAGGAAAACCUUAAAGUUACAGUGAACGAAUCAGUAAAAGGUGGCAUUGUUGCAGGAACAUCUGCAGCAGUUGGGGGUUUACUUAUGGGUCCGGUUGGUCUUGCAGUUGGUGGUGCAGUUGGUGGUUGUGCAGCAUGUUACAUAGCUAGAGACAAGUUUAAACCUGUUGUUCAAGUAAUACAAGAAAUGUCUAAUGACAAGAAGGAAAGACUAGUAGAUGCUGUUACAGAUGUAACAUCCAAUCUGAAUAUUACUGAUGUGGCAAGGUUGGCAGUUUUGCUUUCUGGAAAUGCUGCAGUGAGAAAAAUGGUUAUUGAUGCUAUGAUGUCAUUUCUCAGCAAUGAAUUAAAUUAUAAAAUACUUGAUAAUUAACUUCAAGUUCUGUGUUUUCAGUUUCUAAGUAUGUAUUUUAACUACACAAUAAAUGUACCAUGCUGGGUGAAUGCCAACAGAAGUCAAUUUAGAAUGUUCAUUAAUUUCACUGAGUUACAUAGUUCCUGACAAGAUUUUAUAACUUGUGCUUCUUGCGUUCUUUGUAUAAGAUGUCGCAUUAGACAUUUUAGAUAAUACUUAGCAUAAUUUACAACAUAAAACACAAGGCUGUCAACCUAUGCAAUUGGAUUUAAACCUGAUAUCCCCAUUUUGUACAAAUAAUGUUUCAUUAACUGAGAUAUCAAACAAAACUAUGAAACCUAAUAAUUAUAACUGAAAUUUGAAGAAUAAAAUUGACCAUUGCACUUUGUUUUUUAACAGAGCCAAAUAGGUUUUAAUAUAAGUAAAAAUAUAAAACUGAUCAGGUUAAUAUACAUAAUUCAACAACAAAAAUUAUUGUUUCAUUGGAAUAGGACUAUUAUAGAGAGUCUGAUAAUUUAGUUGGCUACACAACUAAAAAUUAAAAAAAAUCUCAUUUCUUAAAGUUUCUAAAGAGUAAUUUAACCAUACAAGUACCAUUAUAUUGUAUAUCAUUCUUCUUGUAAUGGUUGCUCAAUAUUGUAUUUGAAUCAAUAUGAAGUCCUCGAACUGAUGUUGGAAGAAACAUAAGAAAGAAUCUUAAUGUUAGGAAUUGUUGAUCAACAGUGAAACUCACUAUAAUGUAUUCUUGUAAUCUCCAUUAAAACAAAGUUUACAUUUACAAUGAUAAUUAGAAUUCUCAAGGUUAAACAUAUUUUAUGUAAAGCAACAAAAAUGGUGCAUUUUAUGUUUGUAUGUAUUAAAGAAAAGCCCAAUUUAAUGAUAUAACUGUUAUUUUUGUAUAAUGCAAAUGUUUAAACUACUUUUUAUUUUUCUGGUCUUUCUAGUCAGGGAACUUUUUAGUUUUCCACAAAUUUGUGUAUUUCUGAAAGUUGACUAUUAAGUAAGAAUUUGGAGAACAAUGUAUAUCUUUCGUAAAUACUUAAUCUUCACCCAUGAAACAGUAAUCUGUAAAACAUUGACAAAUUUCAGAGGUGUUAGAAACAGUAAAGUUAAGGGAGCUUAAAGGAAGUAUUGAUAAAUAUUUAGGUAAUAAAGACUGGCUUUGAGUUUGUUUGUUUUUUAAGUUUACUUUAGCGGAUGGAACAGUAUAUUAGUGAUGGUAUAUAAUACUUCACUGCCAUGAAAGUCAGUGAAGGCACUGUGGUCGUGUUACACAAAACAGUGUCUUUACAUCUUUGUGUUUUGUAUGACCUAUAUAUUAUUAGAAGUUUUCUUCAUUAGAAAAUUUAUUCAAGUAACUGUAAUACUUAGAUGUUAGAGAAAAAAGGAAUUAAAAAGUCUUGGUAGAAAAUAAUUCAUUUCUUAAGCUUGUGUUUCUGAUGAUAAUUAACAUGUUUUGAAAUUAUAACCACUCUUGAAACAUAUUAUUUUUGACUUGAUAGUUAGGAUGCCCCUGACUUGCAAUCUGUGGGGCACGGGAUUGAAACCCAUCACAAAACAUAGGAAUGUUAUAAAGUUAUGGCCAAUCCCAAUAUUCAUUGAUAAAGAGUAGCCUAAGAGUUGUUUUAUAUGGUGUUGACAAGCUGCCUUCCCUCUAGUCUGUUGUUUCAUAAUAAGGAGUGGCUAGUGCAGAUAGCUCUUGAGUAAUUUGUGCAAAAUUUAAUAAAACUACAUGUCAUAUAUAUAUUAAGUAGAGUUUUGUUAGAGAUACAUGGUUGGUUCAGUUUAAGGAGUAUGCUCACUAUAGACCAGUAAAUAUUUUCUGAUCUUAGUGAUAUGUUAUUAGUCAUUGUUAAAAUCUUGAUGUUACUCUUAAACACUAAGAGGUAUGAAAGAAACAUGAUAUAUUUUAACAAUGUAACAUAUUUGUGUUAUUCAUGAUUUAAAGAAAAUUUCAAACUUUCAUAAUAUGGUCCUGAGAAUUUAUUUAUAGUAAAUAAUUGAUAUAAAACAUAAUUUAAUAAUUUAAAAAUAAAAUUAACAAGGUUGGUUUGAUAUUGAAAAAUAAUAGAAGACUGUUAACUUUUUGAUAAGUCUAUAAAUAAUGUGUUAAUCAGAGUGUUUUAAUUCACUUGGUAUUUUUAGAUGAAUUAAAUGAAUGUAUGGUUUUCUUUUAAAUAAAUGUGUAUUUUAUAGUAAAAUGGAAGUUUAAGACUUCUAGUAUCAGUUUUUUGUGAAGUAAAACAU